GUCGGGACGGGGGAUGCGGGACCGAUCUGCGGAGCUGCGGGUCUUAUGCUUUCGGAGACUGUUUUUCUUUCUUUAUUAGUAAUUUUUUCCCCCUCCUCCUCACGCUAUGAAUUCACUUUUCACGCCGUCUGCUAUGUAUGAAGGGCUAAACAGGCCACCGUUUGCGGUUCCUUCGGCCGGCGUGAGACCCCGAUGAGCGCGGAGAGGACAGGAUGCCCGCCAGCGGCGCCGACUCGCUGAAGCCCAGCGCCUUCAUCCCGGUGUGCACGGCCGCCUGCCUCCUGGUCGGCUCCACAUCCAUGUUCUUCGUCUUCACAUGCCCGUGGUUGGCUGUGACCAUCUGCCCCGCUGUUCCACCAUGCUGUGCCGUCCUUUUUCUUUUUGUGCUUGCCAACUUCACCAUGGCCACCUUCAUGGAUGCCGGGGUUCUCCCUGUAGCUGGCGAGGACGAAGACAAGGAGGACGAGUUCCGCGCUCCGUUGUACAAAAAUGUGGACGUGAAAGGCGUCCAGGUGAGGAUGAAGUGGUGCGCGUCGUGCCACUUCUACAGACCUCCUCGCUGCUCCCACUGCAGCGUCUGCGAUCACUGUGUGGAGGAUUUUGACCAUCACUGUCCAUGGGUGAACAACUGCAUUGGGAGAAGAAACUACCGCUACUUCUUUCUCUUUCUCUUGUCCCUCACCUUUCACAUGAUCGCUGUGUUCACCUUUGGCCUCGUAUACGUCCUGCACCACGCGGACGAUUUAUGGAAGCUGCAUUGCCUCAUCACUUUGGUAGUGAUCAGCAUAUCAGGCCUGUUUCUCAUACCAGUCCUGGGUCUCACUGGUUUCCACCUGUACCUGGUGUCCAGAGGUCGGACCACCAACGAACAAGUAACUGGCAAGUUUCAAGGAGGAAUAAAUCCUUUUUCACGAGGCUGUUGUAGCAACAUGGAGUAUCUAGUUUGCAGCCCCAUUUCUCCAAAUUACACAUCAAGGACCUGCAAAAAAACAGUCAUCCUGGUGCAGCCUCCGUUCCUCAGACCAGAGGUUGACAGACAGAUGGCAGUGAAAAUCAGGGACAACGGCAUCCAGAGCCUAGCGAUACAAAAUAAGCAAUCCUCAGCUGGAGCUGUCGAGCUGUCAGACAUCAAACAGCCAAAAAACCCGCCGCCGCCGCUGCCUCCAAAACCGGAUCGCGGUCUGCUGAAAAGCCAAGUUGCUGUGUUGGAUGAUUUGGGACAUCACACCAAAUCCAUCAUUCCUGUUUCUAUUCCGACUGUGCCACAGUUACGUCCGGUUCUGGAGGCCAUCUCCAGAGGAUCCUCACCCAUUCCCCCAGAGCAGCUGCUGAAGACAUCCGAGCAGCAAGGCAUCAACAAAGGUCCCGACCUCGGCUCUAACACCAGAGAAAGCCCUGCGAGAGGCAGCCAUCAGGCCGGUGCGCCUGUCUCAGCUCCCCUCCAGCCCUCGACGGUCUCCAGCUCUCUGCAGCUCAACUCUCUGACGCUCAGCUCUCGCUCUCUCACCUUAAAACACAGCAGCCGCAAUGGCAGCAAGUCCCAGCUUCUUUCGAUGAACCCCGAUGGGCUGGGAUCCAAUUCCUCCCCUGGGAUCAUCACAACUUCCAGUCUGUUGGCCAACCAGUGCAGCGGCAGCAGCAACAGCAAACCCUCCUAUGAUAACCUCGUCAGGCCUUCAGACCCUCAGUUCAUGGUCCAAAGAGGGGCCCCUCCUGUCAGCUACCACACUCAUUUUAUGGGUCUGGGUACUGAUGGGGCUGUGCAGCGUCCGCCUCCUCACUCCUACAGUCCUGUGUUUAUGGGAGUCACCAGACAAUCUCCACAACCCCGAGAGUCCACCUCAAGGGAUCCCUCACCGUCUUUACCAGGUUUCCUUCAGAGAGACUCUUCCCCUGCCUAUCACGGACUUAUCACGAGAGACCUCCAAUCCCAGAGCAUAGCAACACGAGACAUACCCCCUUCCGGUCUGGUGAAACGAGACUUGACCUCCCAAGGUCUUCAAGACAACCUUAGAGAUCUCUAUCCCCACGAUGUGAGUCUUCCGAUGUCUGCCGCCGCACGCUACGACAACUUUUCAAAAACAAUCAUGGCUUCCAUCCAGGAGAGAAGGGAGCAGGAGGAGAGGGAGAGGAUGCUCCGCGUCAGUGCCAGAUCGCAGGUGCUCUACGGCCCAGACGUUGGGAUCUACGACAUCCCCAGCAGGAGGAGUCUACCUCCGGACAACAUUCGACCUCCAGGUUCCCGUGGACCAACACCACCGGCCUAUGGCUCCAGGGAGUUCCUGAUGAGCACGGGCAUUCUGGGAUACGGCAUCAGGACCUCACCUCUCUCCAGCUCUUCCACGUCAUCCCUGACCCGUGGCCCAAAAACCUCCAGCUCACCGCUGCAGAGCAGCAGCAGCAGCCUGCAAAGCAAGGGGCGCCCUACGUCCCCUGCCUACUGUCCUCCUGAGAGACACGCCCAGGGUCCACCGUCCUCCACGUCCACGCUGCCCCGUUUAUCUUCCAGCGCCUAUCCCACGCCCCCGUACACUUCCUACGCCACGGCAAAGCGCUCCUCGCUCCCGUUCCCCUCCGAGGGGAAGGAGUCUGUCAGCCUUGGAGCUCUGAAAUAAAACCAUAUUCCAGGUUUUCAACGGUGCGAGUGAAUCAUCUAUGCAGUGUUAGUUUUAGUUUUCUCAGCUCGAAAAUCUUUUGUAAAUAAGAGGCCGUUUGAGGCUUUCUGGUGUGGGAGAAUGUGUGGAAAACAAAGUGCACACAGGAACGAACUUGGAAGUGUCUAUUGCGACGGAAAACAAACUGUGAAUCUCAGGAUAUCUGUGCCUCCUAAUUAUAUGUAAACAGGAAGCACCAGUGACUAAAUCAACGCAGAAGAGCUAAAUACCAGAUACAGAUUGAAUAUUAUCUGUUUGAAUUUUUGAUAUUGUGAAAAUUCGUCAAACCACAACAUCCAAUUUGACUCGUAUCCUUUAAAAAAAA